AUGUCCAAUUCCAAUUCCAAUUCCAAAUCUCCUCCCGUCCAACCCUCCCACUACGACGCCUUCACCCUCGACCUCGUCCUCCGCGUCCUCAACCGCACCCUCCUCCACCCCUGGGUCGCAUGGGUCCUCGUCCUCUGUCUCCGCGCCCAAGUAACACCCUACAGCGACCCAGCCUUCCUUAUCGCCACAGGCUACGCAACCAUCUUAACCGUUCUGGCCGCCCUGCGGUUCCUCAACCGGCGCGUCGCGUACGGGGGCCCGCGGUCCGUGGAUCCGAGUCAUGAGGUCGUCAUCGUGACGGGCGGCGCGAGCGGGUUGGGAUUGCUCAUUGCGAGGGUGUAUGGCCUGAGAGGCGCAAGUGUGGCCGUGCUGGAUGUUAAGGAUGAAGAGGAGUUGAAGGGGUGUUUGGGGGAGUGUCCUGGGGUGGAUUAUUAUCGGUGUGAUAUUGGGGUGAGGGAGGAAGUGGAGAGGGUCGCGAGGAGGAUUGAGAAGGAGAUUGGAAGAGAUAUUUGA